GUGAUAUAGCGACACUAAAACAGAUCCACUUUCGUGUCACAGCAUACCCUGGCUAACCCACUAAUCGAGAUUCGUAGUAUACCCCACAGGUCUGACUCAAUAAACACAAAUGGCAAUGAACCAAGACACGUUUUGCACAUCUGUUGCACAUGAAAGAAAGAAAACCAUCUGUAUAAAGACUUGGAAAAUGGUCCCUAAGAAGGAUUGUUGAAAUAGCCUUUUUAAAAAGUUUAGAAAAUAUGAAAAAAGUCUGUAUUUUGGAAUACCAACCAAGAAAAUGGGCAUCUGCUAUGACUCACCUACUAGAUUAAUAUUUAUUCGUUAUUUAUGAAUGAAAUAAUAUGUAUUUAUUCAUUCCAUACCCCUUUCACACAGACAACUUGUACACAAAUGUGCCAUCAAACUACACACUUACUAAAUGUAUGACUAAUUUAAUUGUUAUUUGAAGUGACUGCCCUUAGGCCUAUAGUUUUGAGUUAAAACAGUCCCUAUGUUGCAUUUACAGUUCAGCAAAUUGAUAACUCAUAAAUCUCCGAUGUGGACAGCUCACAUCAUUGCAAUGCAAGCGUUGAUUCAGUAUCUGUGAAGGUCUACAAAAAUAAUAAAGUUAGCAUCUGCUAACUGACUCAUCAGUGAUGCAUUCUGGAUGUGAUGUUAUGUGAACAUGCAUUGCCGAGCUACUAAGGGUAAUUCGUAUGCCUAAACUAGAUCAAAUGUGUUGUUGUGGCAUGUUUACAUAAAGGAUGGAGUUGGAUUUGCAGGUCAAGCGAUUGGCUGCCUAAACUGAAUGCAGGGAACCAAUCAGCAUCAAGAAUCUCUUCAACGCAUGCACAGCAGAGAGGUAGGGGAAAGAGGAGAUUCCAGCCUGUCUUUCACAGUAGAGCUCUAAACUCCAUAUUACAUCUGGACGUAGUGAACACGGAGAGAUGGCCGAUAAACCGCCACCUAGAAAACAGCCAAAGAGGAUAAGAUCAGAGGAACAGAAACUGAAGAAGAAAGGAUAUGACUUGGCAAGGGCGAAGAGUCGCGUGAACAUCGGCGUGGGGUUUCAGCGGUGGAGGAACCUCAGAGAACUGAAAUGCAUGAAGACAGACGAAGAUCUUGCUCUUUUCCUGCUAGAUUGUUUUGAUCAGAAUUCACUGUCACCAGGAAUUGCACUAAGAGUUCAGAGCAUCGUAGCUGCUGUGCCUGGGCCUACACCUGUAAAGAGUGAGGAGUUGAACCACAGCAGUGCAGACGAGGUUGUCGUGAAGUUGGAGUGCCUGCUGCAGCUGUUCAAGGAGUGCCUAGCGUGCUGCAGCGAAUGCAGCAUCAGUACGGAGCGCGACGGAUGGUUCUUCUACGUUACCCAGAAGUGUCAACAGUGCCACUACAGCAGGAAUUGGGCGAGCCACCCGACGGACCAGAUCAUCAGCGACCCAGCAGAGAAUCAUGAGGUUUCAAGCUCUGACUCAGAAUCUGUCUACACAUCAGACUCGGACAUUUCUACAGACCAGAAAGUUUGUUUGGAUCAAGGAGCCACUUUUAACAUCUUUGAUAUCAUUAGUAAAGCAGCGAAUGGAAGACGUAUGCUUUCCAGUCUUGAGGAAAAUGGAUUUAUUUCCCACACUGAGAGGCGAUCCAUGGUUCGGAUCCUCGUGUCCCACUUGAUGGAGCGCUUCGGAGAGAAUCCUACUUCAGGUACCAAGGCAUUGCUGGCGUCAUCGAUAGUGGAGCAGUUUCCAUGCCUGAGAGACUGCCAAGGCAGCGGCUAUGAUGCGUGGUUCACCCCGGGGAAGAACCAUAAACCAGCAACUGGGUUUCUGGAGGAGCGCCUCCGCAACGUGCGCAAGCAGCUCCACCGAGGCCAGCGGCAGAAUUCUGCAACAGCAACACCACAGCAGGACACACCAGACACGUUGCCAGAAUCAGCUUGGAGAACGGAAAGUGAUGUCUACACACCGGCACCAGAAGUUUCUACAGAGCAAAACAUUUCCCUGGAGCACAUAGCCACAUUUAACAUCCGUGAGAUCCUCAAUAAAGCACCAAAUGGAAAACACCUGGUCGCCAGUCUUGAGGAAAAUGGCUUCAUUUCCCACCCUGAGAGACGAUCCAUGGUUCGGAUCCUCGUGUCGAACUUGAUGGAACGCUUCGGAGAGAAUCCUACUUCAGGUACCAAGGCAUUGCUGGCAUCAUCAAUAAUGGAGCAGUUUCCAUGCCUGAGAGACUCCCAAGGCAGCGGCUAUGAUACGUGGUUCACCCCGGGGAGGAACCAUAAACCAGCCACUGGGUUUCUGGAGGAGCGCCUCCGCAACGUGCGCAAGCGGCUCCACCGAGGCCAGCGGGGGAACUCCGCAGCAGCAACACCACAUCAGGACACACCAGACACGUUGCCAGAAUCAGCUUGGAGAACAGAGAGUGAUGUCUACACACCGGCACCAGAAUUUUCUGCAGAGCAAAACAUUGCCUUGGAGCACAUAGCCACAUUUAACAUCCGUGAGAUCCUCAACAAAGCACCAAAUGGAAAACACCUGGUCGCCAGUCUUGAGGAAAAUGGCUUCAUUUCCCAGCCUGAGAGGCGAUCCAUGGUUCGGAUCCUCGUGUCCGACUUGAUGGAGCGCUUCGGAGAGAAUCCUACUUCAGGUACCAAGGCAUUGCUGGCAUCAUCAAUAAUGGAGCAGUUUCCAUGCCUGAGAGACUCCCAAGGCAGCGGCUAUGAUGCGUGGUUCACCCCGGGGAGGAACCAUAAACCGGCAACUGGGUUUCUGGAGGAGCGCCUCCGCAACGUGCGCAAGCGGCUCCACCGAGGCCAGCGGCAGAACUCUGCAGCAGCAACACCACAGCAGGACACACCAGACACGUUGCCAGAAUCGACCAUAACUACAGAGCGGGCCGUACAGUUGACGGAGUGGCUGAAAAAUAAUACGUGGCCCCCGUCGCAGGUUAAUGAGGUCAUGCUGCAGACUGCCGUUCACAGGGCCCGGUGGAUCCGUGCAGACAAAGCAAGACCAAUACAAGACAUUAUUGCCGAGUUCCCACGUUUAGUGGACACCCCAGACAUGAUUUCUCAGGAUUUCUCAGUCCUAUACCCGGAGUCCUCUGGGAGGUUAAAAGAGAACUGGUGCCUUGUGUACGCGGAGAAGAUCAUUCGCAUGGCCAGGACAGAGAGGACAAACAGCCUUCUCACCAACAUAGAUCUGCUCCCCACUGACAAACGAGGGGAUAUUGCAUUGCAGUUGUUGCCUGUGCUGCUUCGACCUUCGCCAUAUAAGGUUGGGAAGAGAGUGUUCCGGCACAGCAGUGUGGAGUGCCAGAAUGCCUUCAUUAACACGCAGCCGAUCGGAAUGACCAUGGCCGACUACCUCACUGCAUCUGCAGCAGAGUACCCGUAUGUUCUCAUGUUGGGGGAGGAAUAUGACUGCUCACAAGUGUUUGUGGUCAUUAAUGGGAUCCCGCUGGAGCACCAGUCUCUUCUGAGUGCUGUUGACGCCUGCUUUAAAGCCUUUUUCAUACUUCAGCUUCAGUAUCCGAAACCAUGUGCUCAGGUUUGGGAGUUUAUCCAGACUGUCGUCUUUGGCAUCCCUGGACAUGAGUCAAACACAGUUAAAUUAAUGAGAUCGCAGCUUUCUGCAUAGGAGUUUACCGGACAUUUUGUUGGCCGAUUUAAGGGAACUGAUGAUUUUCUUUGGCAGGAGUUACUGUAUGUUUAUACACAUGACCAGUAUAGAUGGCCUUAAUUCUAACUGUGAGUUUCCUUGAUAUGUUACUUAAAUGUGUUUCCUUAGUUAAGGCAGGAGAGCAAAUCUUAAAUCUCUGUCUGAAGUGUUAUUUUUGUUGCAUGAUUUAGUAGUUAGACAUACACCCCAAGAGUAUUUAGUUCUGUUUAGUGUUUUCAUUUUACCUGAAUAUAUUUUCAUGUACCAAUCUACUGUACGUGAAAGAAGCUAGAUGGUUGGGUUUUCAAUGUUUAAUGAAUCAAUUUUCUACAAAUUUCUAGAAUUUUAUUUUUUUGCUGUUUCCUGUUGCCAAGGGGUAACUCAAUAAAAUUAGAGAGGGUGCCGGUGAUAUCCUUUGGGCAAUUAUCGAUAUUCAGCCUUUCUUGUUCAAUGUGAAUAUAAGGCGAGGCAAGUUUGCCACUGAGCAUGCUCCACUGAAUAUGAAUGCAUAGUGGGCUAUACAAUUCUGCAGCUAAAACCACACUGACAGGCUGACAGUUACAGUAGGAGUAGGGUAAAUCAGGCCGCUCAAACUUAACAUGUCAUGAGGUAACACCCUAAGCACACACAAUCCACAAUUUUUGAACUCUACAUGCCAUCUGGAUUUAUUUGUUUUCAGAUGUUUUUUUUUUAUUUUGUAUGUAGGCUAACUUAGAAUAUAUACUGACAAGUUCACAUCUCAGUCCAGAAGAUGGCGAUACUGCACGUUUGCAAACUGACAAUAAAAGUCGCAGAAGAAGAAUCGCUCACUACUCAAACAGGAAGUAAACUUAAUUUCGAGUUGCUAAUAUACCUUGGCAGCUGAAACAUGCAAAAUAAGAAUGUUUUCCGAUAUCAAAAGCAAAUGCGAUCUACAUCGGAUCAUUGUUGUGUCCCGCUGUGCUCUGUGUCGUCCAGAUACAACUCACUUGUGAGUUUUCAUGCAUUUCCAGUGAAGGAGGACAUCAGACAAAAAUGGAUCGUUAACAUCAGGAGGGAUGACUUCCAAGUUACUAAACACACAAAGGUGUGUAGUGUCCAUUUCACACCCGAUGAUUUCAAAGCCGAUGCUUUUAAGGAAGGGGCUCGAAAGAGGAGACGUCUUAAAAAAGGUGCUGUCCCUACACUGUUUGAGUGCCGUGAUAAAGUACAACAGCCGAAUGAAGGUGGAAGGAAACCAAAUCGGGUGCGGAACCGUGAACAAGUGCAGUUUUCUAGGCUAGGUGGCAGGGAACCUCAACCAAAUCGGGUGCGAAACCGUGAGCAAAUGCAGGCGCCGAGGCAAGGUGACAGGGAACCAAAUCGGGAGCGGAACCGUGAGCAAGCGCAGCUCCCGUGGCUAGGUGUCAGGGAAACAAAUCGGGUGCUCCAAAAGCAAGAGCGACUACUGCCCACUGACUCGGGCUUAGAUCAAGACUUUAAUCAGGUAGAGAUGACUGGGCAUGAUUAUUGUUCAGUUCCCGAAGCUGCAGCUCUGGACAUGGCAUUACAUGAAAAUGAGAAGCUGAAAAGGGAGGUUGAAGAUCUACGGAAGCAGUUGGACCAGACCAAGAUUCUAAGUCGUUUAGGUCUGCAGAGAUUUGCUGGGUCCGAUCAUACAGUCUAUGGGUCUGAUGAGGACAUUCACUUUUACACAAGUACAGAUGAGGUUGUGGUGAAGUUGGAAUGCCUGCUGCAGCUGUUCCAGAAGUGCUUGGGUUGCAGCAGCAAAUGCAGCAUCAGUAUGAAGCGUGAGGGAAGAAUCUUCUGCAUGACUCAGAAGUGCCAGCAGUGUCACUACAGCAGGAUGUGGACCAGCCAUCCACCUGACCAGCUCAUCAGAGACCCAGCAGGCAACCAGGAGGUGAGAAAUAUAGGCUUCCAAACAUCUGAUGCUUCGAAUGUUAAGCCAGAUGUCCACAAAGGCUACUGCGAAACGCGUUCCUUUCUCUCUGCGGAUGAGGUAGCGGUUGUGAAAAUAAAAGAGGAAGAGUUUGAAGUUGAAGUAAACGAAGCGCAUGAGGACAAAGUCAGAGCUGUAGAAGAACAUAGAGAAGAUGAAGGAGGAGGAGAUGCCGAGAUGGAGGUGCAGAUGAGUCCAGUGUGUUGACUGAGGCUGAGAUGGCUUUGACCCACACUAUAGUAGAGGUGAAUGAUCUAGUUAACCACACAUCUGCUGCCUCAGACAACAAGUCAAAUGACCAAAAAAAGACUGUGAUUUCACACUCUCUGGGGAAGAGAUGACUGUAGAAAAAACGGAAGAGAAAAGUGGUGAAGUCAAGCCCACCGUCUGUCCCAGCUGUGGCCAAAGUUUUUUCGUUGAAGUUGGUCUCUAGGCACACACCAGUCGAAUCCACAAUGAGAAGUACUUGCUCACCUGCUGCGACUGCCUCAAUGCCUUUAAAUCACCUGAAGCCAAACAGGAGCAUGAAGACAGUCGCAGAGUUGCCCUCACCACUCCCUGGGCUUAGGAGCCUUGCCAGGAAUUCUUCAGGAAGAGGAAUUUGAUGACGUUUGUUUCUGUUGGUAUACGAGGUCAGAGGAUUGUGUUAUUCCUUUGUCUGUCACAAUGAUGAGGCAGCAUGAACAUGGCAUCACAAGGUGUUCAAAGAGGAUGCCCUACAGGAAGGGGCUGGGGGAGCUGUCUGUUGGAAAAGUUGUUGUGAAUACUGUAUAUGUUCUAGUUUUGUUUUUACAAUAUUUUGUUUCUGUAAAAAUAAAUGUUUCAAAUGUU